GUCGACAUUUCACAUCACAUCAUUCGUUCAUGCGUACAUCUCUAAAACGUAUAUUGUGUGGAUUGUGUGUCUUUUUGUGACUUUUUACUCUUCACUUCGGUUUUAAAUAAAUUAAAUGCAUUAGUAUUCAUAGAAGAAAAGUGAGCAUGUUAUUAUUCUCAAUACUGGAUAAUAAUAUUUACAAAAAAUUGAUCUGUAAUAACCUUGAUCAAUAAACGUCAAGAAUUCAAGUGAGAAUGAAUUGAUUCAAAUAUGGGCCAAAAUGUUGGUGCUGUGGUUUAAGAAUGGGUGACAUGAAAUAUUCAGAAUUAAAAUGAAUGCUCCAAGUGGGUGUGUCAGCUGCAGUGAUGGGUCACAGCAGUUUGAUAGCAAACACGAUGCUGAUUGCUCUGAGGGGGAAGAUGCCCAGAUCAGACUGGCACCACAUGUGCAGGCCUACCUGGCCCGCAACAACCCCACCACCAACUGUUGUGGACUCACCAUACCCAUCGCUUUUGAAAGGGCAGCUACAGGAACAUGGUGGAAUCCCAGAUUUGAUUCAGAGAUACUUGAAGGCCAAUACAGAAGCAGUUCCUUUAGACAAAUAAGAUUAAGAUUUAGAUUUGCACUUUUAUACAUUUUGAUAUUUUCUAUAUCAUGGUUUGUCUACUUUGUGGCUCUUGGUUUGAAUGGCAUAACAGUAAAAUGGCCAUUUUUAUGUUCUAUAUUUGGUGGGGUUCUAUUGAUAACAUCUGUUAUGCUAUUUGUGACAUUCACAAAUAUAUACAAAGUGUACACAUUCAAGCUAUCCCUGGUCAUGGCACUCGCUCUGUGUACACUCAGCCUGUCACUGGUGACGCUCACCACACGGUUAGACACAGCAUUGUCGCAGGCUGCUGACAUCAGUCAGUCAGGGCACUUCACCAUGUGCAUUGAAAUAUUGCUGAUUAUAUAUACACUUACACCCCUACCACUGUAUGCCUGUGUCAUUAUUGGAAUUUUGUAUUCAAUUGUGUUUGAAGUACUGAAUAUUGUGUUGCAUUUGUCAGAGCAAGAAUGGCAGUGCCCUGGAAUGUUUGUGAGAGUUUUACUGCAACUUUGUGUUCACAUAAUUGGUGUACAUAUUUACCUAAUGACCUUUGUAAGAAUGCGUGGCACAUUUAUGAAAGUAGGACAGAGCCUGUUAGUAAGAAAGCAAUUGGAAAUGGAGAAGCAGCUCAAAGAAAAGAUGAUACAUUCUGUAAUGCCACCGAAAGUGGCCAGCUGGUUGCUGGAGGAGCAAGUACUUGAAACUGAAACUAAUAUAAAGACACACAAUCCGCUCAAACCUAGACAUUCAAAUCCCGGCGCAUCCGACAUCAAGUCGCUAUUUAGGCCUUUCAACAUGAGCUCAAUGGACAAUGUCAGUAUAUUGUUUGCCGAUAUUGUUGGCUUUACCAAGAUGUCAAGUAACAAGGGUGCUGAAGAAUUAGUAAAUAUAUUAAAUGACCUAUUUGAGAAGUUUGAUGAGUUGUGUCAAAAUCAUGGGUGUGAGAAAAUUUCCACUCUCGGUGAUUGUUAUUAUUGCGUAUCUGGUUGCCCUGAGCCGAGGCCCGAUCAUGCUACGUGCUGCGUAGAAAUGGGAUUGGGAAUGAUAGACGCCAUCAAGGAAUUCGAUAGAGUUCGCGGUGAAGGAAUAAAUAUGCGGGUUGGGGUUCACACUGGUACCGUCCUGUGUGGCAUAGUCGGCACACGACGGUUUAAAUUCGACGUAUGGAGUAACGACGUCAGUUUCGCCAAUAAAAUGGAAUCCACUGGGAAGCCAGGUCGCGUCCACAUAUCAGAAGAGACUGCUAAAUUUCUUGGAGGUUCCUAUAUCUUAGAAGAGGGCGAUGACGUCUUCGGUCAUAAAACCUAUUUUAUCGAAGGUCGUCAGCUGUACUCUCCUUAUAGCCAUGACAAUUGUCUCACUCCCUCCAAUCCUCUUAACUUACGCCUGAUUAUAUCCCCCGCAGCGUCUCCUCAGUCCGUCCUAUCCUGCAACCAUUCCCCACUACCGAUGUCCCCGAGAGCCGAUGAUAGAUUAGAAUCCAGAAAAGUAGAUACUAGAAAUUUCCUAUCCCCAAGUGCAUUUCACUUCCGAACAAAAGCUAGUUCACUGCCCAGUAUAUUGGAUUCGGACACCGAACUAGACGAAAAGAGAGAAAAAGGAUUCCCUGAAACUAACGACAACUCGUCGAAGAGUCCAACCUCUGUAGGAAGCUACGGAAAAUAUACGACUAAGCUGAAGAAUUGGAAAGUGCCUAGAUUUUUAAGGAAACAUUCUGAUACGCCACUUCAUGAGAUGAAAAAGCAAGAGAUGGCUGACAAGACUAUACAUUUCAUGGAGCGUGGGGACGUAGGGGGUGGUGUGCAGUCCAGUAAUGGUUACCAGCAAGUGCCUAUUGUGAUAGAAUCUCAAGACAAUAAGAGUAGGCCGGCGCAGAGUAUCAUUAAGCUGAACAUACCGCCCCUCAGCCAUGACAUGGCGUCCUUCGAGAGAGAAAUCAUCGACAUACGAUCCUACUUGAGCCAGUCGAGGAGUAACAUGUCACCCUUCGCAAGGAGUAGCAGCUAUCGGUCGCAGUAUGGGAGAUCGAACAAUAUCGAGGUGCCAGUUUGUCGUGCUCGCAGUUCAACGAUCACGACGCAGGAUGAGUUUAUUCGGCCUAAAGAGCGCAAGUUGAACUUGCCGCUGCCGUCGCCGCAGGUGUCCCGCCCGCCCGAUGACGUCAUCAGCCUGUGCCCCUCCGUCAACAGCCGCAAGGACUCGGGAAUCAGAAGCACCAGCCGCCGAUCCAGCAUACAGCAACAGGUCAACUUUGAUGUACCUAUUUUUACUUAUAACAUCUACGCACUGAACCACAUAGCGACGUCGCACCCCGAUAUGAUGCAGCACCGCGUGUCGGGCUACUACACGUCGAGCCAAUCGUCACUGAACGAGCUGGCGCGCAGCCGCCUGCCGCCGCCGCUCAACGACGACCAGGUGCAGUCCCUGCAGAAACUGCGCAAGCAGUCCGACCUGCAGCUCAUACGCUGCGUGCAGGACAACGCGCGCUCCGGCAUCAACUACUUCGUACAACCGCCCCUCAACAGAUUCACCCUCUUCUUCAAAUCCUCCGAAAUAGAACGACACUACAGAGAUAAAGCCCACAGGAGCGACGACAGCGAAGACUUCCCUCCCACACUCACCACUUCCAGAUUCAACACCGCCUUAGACAUUCUAGUCUCAGCCAUCAUUUUCUUGGCGGUGACGGCUUCAAUAUUCAUAUUGUACAGUGACUGGAGAUCCUCCAUUGGAUGGUUUGUCUUUUUUAUGUGCAUAGAAAUUAUGGCGAUGGCACUCUGUUCCUAUAGACAUUACCUAAAAUGGAAAACGAAUCACGAAGCGAUUACAGAGUCGAUCUCUCGGUCUGUGAGAAUAUUCAGGAAGCUGUCGAACUGGUUCCCAUGGCACCUGUCGGGCGGGCUGCUCAUCAGUUUGCCGAUACUUGCAGUGCUCAUAAACUUCACGUGUGAGGGCACCACGAUGACGAUCCUCCGAGGUGAACAGUCGUUCUACGUGUACCUGUUCUGUAUAAGUGUAGUACAUUUCUGCAACUUUACACAGAUGAACUGGCUAGUGAAAAAUACUCUAGUGACGCUUUAUGCUGGUUUGUUCCUAUUUUUUGCUGUGUUAGGUUGUCAUGAAGCGAAUACUCAAAUGCUGCUAGAUGCUGAUAUUACCUUACGGCUAAGUCCACAAAUGUUUGCUCAGAAUAUUACCGAUUACGGGAUUGGAAAUAGCUCAAUGAUCGACUGGGACGACAUCAACAAUGGUACCAUAGGCUUCGACAGUCACCAGCAUAAGUUGCACUUGACGGAGCUAUAUUUAGAUAUCGCAUUAUUGUUAAUGCUCGUGUGGUUCUUGAACAGAGAAUUUGAAAUUAGUUACCGAUUGAGUUUCUAUAGUAAUGUAGUGGCGAACCGCGACAAACAGAGAGUCCAGAAUAUGCGGAAUCAGGCGGAUUGGCUGCUCCACAAUAUAAUACCGCGUCACGUGGCCGACCAGCUGAAGAAUACAGCAAAGUAUUCUGAAAAUCACAAAGACGUCGCGAUCAUAUUUGCCAGUAUAGUGAACUUUAAUGAAAUGUACGACGAGUCGUAUUUGAAAGGAAAAGAAUACCUGCGGGUACUUAACGAGUUGAUCGCGGACUUCGAUGAGCUGUUGGAAAGGCCGGAGUUUCAGCACGUGGAGAAGAUCAAAACUAUAGGUAGCACUUUUAUGGCAGCGAGCGGCUUGAACCCCGACCUGAGGCACGAGUCGCGCGGUACGUACGACCACCUGUACCAGCUGAUGGAGUUCGCGUUAGAGAUGCAGAAGGUGGUGGACAACUUCAACCAAGACUUGCUCGAGUUCGACUUUAUUCUUCGGAUCGGGUAUAACUUCGGCGACGUGACGGCUGGUGUCAUCGGUACCUCUAAGUUGUACUAUGACAUUUGGGGGGAUGCAGUGAACAUAGCGUCCCGGAUGGACUCGACGGGCGUGGCCAAGCGGAUCCAGGUAGGCGAGGCUUGUAUCCCGGUGCUAUCCGCUCGCUACGAGUUCGAGCCGAGAGGCAGCGUGUACGUAAAAGGCAAAGAUAACAUGAAUGUUUAUCUCGUCGUAGGUAGAAAAGAUACGUAGAUAAAAAAUAUUCAUAAUGAAAUAUAGAAUCUGUGAUUUAAUUAUUUAUAUUGGAGAUGUGAAUAUAUGAAAUUCUUAUUUAUUGUGUGCAGUCUAUAAGUGAGAUGUAAGAGCUUGACAAAAUACUCGGGGUGUUGCACAGGCUAUUAAUUUAUUGUUAUUUUAGCUUAUGUGGAUGACAUGUGAGAGAGUGUGAGUGAGUGGAUAUUUAAUUUGAAUGAGUAAUUGAAAACUAUUAAAAUCUCCUUGCCUAUACCGAAAUAUCUGUGACCAGUGUUCUAGUCUUCUAAAUUCAAUGGGAAUGCUCCAGUUUUUAUGACGUUAGUGUAUAGAUUUGUAUAGAGCUGACGAUAUGCUUGAUUGGAAAGUGAGCAGUUAUUUUGAUUGACGGCAGCUGUUUUUAAUUUAAAAAUUGGAUCAUUGCCAUUUAUAUGACUUGUAUAUUCAAAUUUACCUUCUUAUUAUUACGGAGAAUAAAUUUAUAUUUGUAUAUAAAAAGUGAAUAUUGACCCACUUGGGCUAGUAAAUAAAGUUUUAUAUUUAUAUAAUGUAAUUGAUGUGUUAGCGUUAAGUAAAUGGUACUAAUACUUUGUAGUGAGUAGAUAUGUUUAUAUUGUGUAUGUAGUAACGCAUCGCUUACCAUUAUACAAAUCUUUUGUCAAUUUUAUAGAUCGGGUUCCGUAGGAAUUAGGGUCCGUUGCAAUACAUAUUCAAUAUUAAUAUAAUAUGAUCAAGACUCUUUCAUAAUUAAUAAUAAAUAAGGUAACACUGCAUGUGUUUUAAAAUGAUAAAUUAAGCGUGCUGAAUGCGUAACUACUGAUCAAAUCGAAUGAUCUAGAAUUGAUUAUCUCGUAUGAUUGCCACUACCAGAUUACGUUGUAAUCAUUAAGCGAAAGUUUGCUAUACGUAAUGCUCACAGUACAGUUUCCUAAGGAAAAUGCAGCUUGUAUGUAUACACGACGCGCCGUAGCUAUUAGAAUACGCGUCGGUUCGCUGCCAAUGAAUUAAGCUAUAACAAAACGUAGGCACCAUAAUUUUUACUCCUGUAUAUUAUAAGUACUUACGGGACCUCUAAUACUGUUUGCUCAUUACGUGAAAUACUUAGCGCGAUACCAUAGUUGGUGAUUUUAUUUUACAUAACUUUCGCCAUGAACAUGUUAUGGCAGCCCUUCAGGCGCCUCUAGCAUUAUUAGUGAACUAUUUUCCUAAUAAAUUUGUAUUGUCCACGCGCCAUAUUCUAAAUGUCUAUACGAGUUUACACAAUUCAAUAUUUGCCAUUACAAUGUUGAGGUAGUAGGUAAUUUUCAUACUUAUGAUGAAAGCCUUAAAAAAAACUAUACAUUCCACUAUGUAUUUAAUCUAUAUGCCUUCAAAAUGUCUAUUUUUUACUUAUAAAUGGCGUACUAAAGGUUGGCAGUUUUGCAACGAAGUGAAUUAGUAUAUUUACAGAAUGUUGGACCAACAGGAUACUAGUUAGCCUAAAUAGCUCUCUUCGAAAUUUACCUCUUCUUGAAUACAUUUUCAACUAUGACGAUUAUAAUAACUUAUGUAUUUGUGAUAUUUGUUAGAGGAGUGUUAUAUGAUUAUGUAUACCUAGACAGAUAUUAUAUAAUAUUUAACAUCGAUUGUUCUCUCUAUAGUGAAGAUGUUAGGAGCCGUACAAAUAUUAUUUACAUGUGUUUAUUUAUGUCUUGCGCUGAGUGCAGGUUAUAUUGAGAUAAACCGACUUUGUAUAUAAUAGUAAUCGCGUCAGAUGAGCCCACUAUUGUAAAGCAGGACUAAUUGUUUCUACAAACAUGACUAUUUAGCGGUCGUCUGAUUGGAAAAGCAUACUUGAUACUCGCAAAUGGCAGUCGUAUCUAAUUUCGGGAACGAAAACAGAAUUGUACAUUUUCAGUACGUAAUUAGCUGGUGGUUUCGGACGACCGCAGAAAAUCGACAUGUUGCGGUCACGGUAAUGCCUCGUUGACGAAUUGACCGACAAAACUGUAUAGAAACAUUGAUUGUUAUGAAUUAUGUUACUUUGUAGUUUGUAGCACAAUAAUGCGCAAAUAUAGAUAAGAAUACAUUUUUACUACAGUUUGUUUACCUUCUGAUUUAUUGCAUUAAGUACGGUGGGAUGAUUGAUCGGUCGGUGUUUCUAUGCGGUUUUAUUUUAUUUGCAAUAAUUAGAUGAGUAGGUACACGUAUUUUACGUUAUCGUCAAUGGGGCUACCAAUUUUUAUGUGCUGUCCAUUUUGAGUGACUGGGAAAUGGCUGGUUUAAUUAAUUAUAUUUUAUUUUCUAUUAACUAAAUCUGAAUGUUUGUUGUCGCUGUUGAUUGGAUCUAUUUUUCAGUAUUUUCCCUCUCUACUUUUAUUAAUGCUUUUAAUUUUCGAUUUUUGCCGUUUAGUUUCUUGACCACUCAAAAUGGAUAGCUUGCCACCAAAAAUAAUAUGGCCUAUGGCAAUAUGAUGGAAUGUUUUAUACUUGGUAAACUUAUAUAUUUUGUAAUAAAAGCAUUAUAUUUAAUAAUCGUAAGAUCAAAGUGUUCAACAGUUCCGACGUCAACAAGAUUCACUAUACCUAUAACGGCUUUAGUUUUGAAUAAAAUAAAACACCUGAAAUACA